AUGCAAAGCCUCGGGCGGCCAUUCCGUGCGCCUGCAGCUCGGCGACUCCUUACAGAUGGAAAUCUACGCCCUCAACUGCUGAGAAGCCUCCAUGCCACCGCGGCCGGACAAGCUCCCCGAAGGCGGAACUUCUUUUCAUCGAAUGCGAAUUUGCAGCAGCAACUGCCGCCCAGUAUAGAGACAGCCACAGCGACAGCGAAUGACUUGCCGCCCCAGCAGAAGAGGAAAUCUGUUCGCUCGCCUGCGGGCAAGACAUCCCUUCGCAGAGUAGCUGUCGAAGCCCAGAGGUCGCGAGAGAGCACCACCAAGCGUCAGAAUGUCGCUGCAGAAGGAUCGGGCAGCAACAAUGUCACGGCAAUAUCAGUGGCAGACCAAUUCGAUAUGGACGCGGUAGUCCGUAUCCUGCGGUCUCACGGCUUCCCAAUCGACCCCGAUGCGACGGGCUUCGAGAUGGACCAAGUUAUACAUACCCGGGGAGUCAACAAUGGAGACAUCUUCGUCUUUCCUUCUGGAUCAGUAGUGGCGUGGUCUUUGCCUGAGGAUGUCGUGGCUGAUCUGGCAACGAAGACCCUUUUGCCGGCCGCUGUUAUACCACAUACGGGACAGAUGGAAAUGGAGGAUUUGGAAUAUACAGAGGAUCCCAAGCGAGAGAAUAGCACUAUCAAAGGAGACAUGAUCAUUCUUGGAACAAAAUCUGGUCUCCAGGGUAGCAAUACCGACUCUCGAGUAGACACCACUCUCGCAAAGAUUGCCUUCUCUUCAGGUCUUGCUAGAUCAACGAAGCUCGCCGUGCUGGAAACAAUGCUGAGCAGAUAUCUCGAGUCUACUCGAGCAAUUCCCACGACUCUCUCUCGAGGUGCAAAGCUUCCGUUCAGCAGAAAAUUCAUGCUGCAGAAGACUGGGGAAUUGCUGGAACUCCGGGCGCAACUGAAUCACUACUCGGAACUGAUUGACUCCUUACCGGACCUGUUCUGGGACAGUAAAUAUGAGUUGGGACUGGAGGGGUACUACGACCAAGUCGGACGAGCUUUGGACGUAGGAGUACGGAUCAAAGCAUUGAACGAGAAGUUGGAUUAUGCCCAGGAGAUCGCUAGCAUUCUCCGACAGACAAUGAGCGAGAAACACGGCAUUCAUCUGGAGUGGAUUAUCAUCAUUUUGAUCGCGGUCGAGCACUCCUUGGCAGAAGUCUUCUCCGCGUUUGGCUUCCGGCCGAGUCCAGGACGAAAGGCUUUUUCAGACAACCUUGCUCUUCCAUUUCAUGCUAACCUGAUAGAUCUCAUAUCCCCAUCCUCUGAGCCUAUUCCUGGAGUUACCAGUUUGGAGGUUGGUGGCGUUGAGGAAGCGGCACCCCCGCAAACCAAACCUCGCAUGGCGCUACAUUUGCUGAUUUUCCCCGGAUCUCCACACCAAGUCAACGUGUGUGUCUCGCUUACGAAGCAAGUUAUUAUUCAAACGAGAUGUUGGGCCGCCAGAACCCGUAUCGUGGAGCUGGCACCGGUGCCUGUCAAAGAGUCAGGCCUGGCAAUGUCUGACCCUUGGAUCUGCAGCUAG